CAAGUGAAUAGUGUCUGAGACAAUCUUAGUUGGGCGGAGGGAGUAUAAGAUUAUAUUGAAAAAAGUAGGUGUCAUAAAUAUAUGUUUAUUUAAGUGCAUGAACAUGAAUAUGCUAAUGGUGCUACAAGAACUAGACUCUCGUGAAUUCCCCUUCUCCUGCCCAGCCCGUGCUUCCCUCUUCUGCCCGUGUGUCGCCCCCAAUUGUGCCUCAAAGGCACGUCGAAGUGAUAUCCAGUUCUCUGCUAUUUCUAGCUCACCCCCAUUUAAAUCCGGGUCUCAGAUAUCUCCCAUAGCCUUUAGUCUGGCGAUGUGAAUCAGUUAAAACAGAACCCACAUUCCUAGUCAAAACAGCACACGGUUCUUGCCAGUGACUUGAACGACCGUCCUUAGCACUUACGUUCAAAUUUGCCCUUGAUCAUGACACUAUACUGCUAUAAACGAGAGUUGUAGGUAUGUGUGUAUAAUUUUAGGGUAAUUCCCCGUGCUCCUCAUUAAUUAAUGGGUAAAAUAAUUAAAAUACCCCAAAUUUUGAAAGAGUGUGAAGUAAACGCCCCAAACUUGCAUAUGUAAUUUAAAUACCCCAAACUUUAUAUGAAAAGUUAUUUUUGUACCAUGGUCAUGUAUUAUUUCUUUCAAAAAUGUUAAUUUUUUUUUUAAUUUCAUAAUAUAAAAUGUUUUAGCAUUCAUAAGCAUACAAUUAACAUUCUAAACUUCCAUUGUAAAAAAAAUAAAUCCCCCCACUCUAUAUAAUUGUAGUGUUUUUAGUUUUGUACUUUAAAUUAUGCAAUUAACACCAUAAAUUAACAUUUUUGAAAGAAAUAUUACAUAACCAUGGUGCUAAAAUAACUUUUUAUAUAAAGUUUGGGGUAUUUAAAUAACAUAUGAAAGUUUGGGGUGCUUAUCUCACAUCUCUUCAAAGUUUGGGGUAUUUGAAUUAUUUUUCCCUAUGUGCAUACCCUUAAUUGUAAUUUUAUAAUUUUAGCUACUUGUGACAGCUAGUUUUGCCAAACAGUGCUAUUUAAAACAGGCAGCUUUCAUGAAACAUCUACAGUCUUUUUCAUCUACAAGCUUUUCAGCUCAAAAAAACUAACAGUUCCUAAAAAGAUUAAAAAAGAUCUUUUCAGCUUGUCAGACCAAACAUAGCCCAACUAUACUUCAUGGUGGCCGGAAGGCGCCUCGGGAAACACUUCAAAACGAGGUGGCCGGAAGUAGCUCCUGUACUAAUCAGAAAAGCUGCCGCUGGCGCUUGCAAUACAAUUCAAAAUAUCAAGGCAAGUCCCAAGAUUAGAAGAUCAUUUAUUCAAGAGAAGAAGGCUCCAACGGAUUCAUGGUGUGGCUGCCUAUAUAAUCGAAGUGGCUGGAGAGAAAAAGAUGGCCUGACCGAGACAAAAUCAGAAGAGACAUAUUCACAAAAAUAUCAAAGUCCAAGGCGUCUGAAACUGCUCACUCAAAGUUCUAGAUAUAGUUUCUUCUUUCCCUUCUUUACAUUGUAAUGGGGUUUUGAGGAUUGGCUAAGAGCAGCCUCCUCGGGUUGAUUUGUGUGAGUGAGAGCUUUGUUGUAAAGUUGAGAGGCUCUCUACCCGCAAGGUAGAGAAGCGUAACUCUUCCUAGAGAGGAUAGAGUUGGGGUGGCUCAAUGGUAAACUAGGAGAGUUUCUCUUGUAAUCAUUCAAAGGCUUUUUAGUGGAC